CCAAGUCGAACGGUGGCUUGGCUUCUGCUCGAGACCAAACUCUUCGCGUGACAUGACGCACAGUGUGACAAUAAAAUAAACUUCAUCGAUGCUCGACAGUUUCUUACGAAAUACAUGGUGCAAGACGAGUAUUUCUUUCUGGAAAAAUAAACAGGAAAUUCAAAGGAAAAUGAGAGGAUUUUCAUCGACCAGAUAUGUGAUCUUUGGAUGAAAUUAUUUGACAGAAUAGGUGAAAGCAUUCGGGCUGACAGGCGGGUGAUUGACAAACCAACGAUUUCCUCGACGAUGAACUUUUGAUAUCUGAACAUGGAGGACCGUGACAGUAAUCAGGAACGCCAGGUCCUGCAAUAUUACGUCGCCAAGCAGGACACGGUGCUAACACGGAUAACUGGCGCGUCCAAUACUAACGUCAACACAUUACAUCUAGGAAUGCUGGUGGAAGCGCUGGAGGACAUAAAGGAUGGUAUGUUGAAGAUUCGUGUGAUCGACCCCGUCGGCGGCGCCAAGUGGUGCGGCACAGAGUGGCGUUGCCACAGGUACGACCUGGUGCCUGUGUCGCAGAAGAUCUGGCAGUGCCUGCUCGCUGUUCAGUCUCCCCAGGAGAGAGUCGAGCUAGCAAAGGACGAAGUCCUGUGUGAACGAUUGAGGAACAUCUCGAUGAACGACAAGGUCUGGUGCUGCUCGGAUCCUCUGAACAAGCGAGUCAGGGAGAUAGCGUUUGUCAGAUACAUCGGACCUGUGACACAGCUUGGAUUGGGACAUUACUUUGGCCUGGAACUACUGGAGAAUCAAGAAGUAUCCAAAACAGCUCUAUUUGCUAAGGAAUACUUUAUGCCUAUGCAUUGGAAUUCUACUGUAAUAUUUGCUACAAUAAAUAACAUAUACCCAUAUAAAAUAGAAACCGAAGCAAUCUCCAGCAACAUUGAAAAAGCAUUAUUCUUGAAGACUAACAUAGGUGCUGAUUGCAUUAACGAUAAGAAGAAAUCCAUACUUGACAGUACACCAGCUGUCCUCGUAGAACAAUUUACCAUGUUUGAUGAUAAUAAGAACAACAAUCAAGAAUCCAUCAAUGUGCUGAAGGACCGCCACCAGGCUGCAAAAUCGAGUUUCGAAAAUGACGUUAAUAAUUAUGCUAAGAGCGUCGACCAUGCGCUUUUUAAAUGCGGUAAUGUGCCGGAGAAAAAUGAAAUCAAGAAAUUCAGCAGAGUAGAGAGCAAGGGGGACUUGAUGGUCGGCUCAAACGUUAAAGUAUUACUGGAUUCCGAUUUUCAUUACGGAGUUAUUCGGUGGAUCGGCACACCGUCCGGUGCAAGUCCUGGCAAAAUAAUGGCAGCCGUUGAACUGGAUAAUGGACAUCCUUUAGGUACAGAUGGGACUUACAAAGAUAUCAGGUAUUUCCAUUGUAGACCUUACAGAGCCGUAUUCACGGACAUCGAACACUGUUCUCACUAUGAAAACACGAAGCAUGACGAACGAUCGCCGCUUACGAGUAACGAUAACAAUUUUGGUAACAUGGAGAGUUCCGUGAUCGCCGGCAUGGUACGACCGAUUUCUGUCAAAGGAGACUUGGAGAGUAUAUGUGGAAAAUAUCGUGGCAUCCAAGGGCAUCAUAAUUCGUGCUAUCUGGACGCCACCCUCUUCAGCAUGUUCACGUUUACCAGUGUAUUCGACAAUCUCUUGUUUCGACCACCGAAUGAAAAGGAUUGCCCGCAGUACGAAGAAGUGCAGCGAGUUUUACGAGAGGAGAUCGUGAAUCCGCUCCGAAAAAACAUGUUCGUCAGAGCAGAUCGCGUGAUGAAGCUUAGAACGUUGCUCGAAAAGCUGUCGUCGGUAUCCGGCCUCACUAGCGAGGAGAAAGAUCCGGAGGAGUUUCUGACGUCGCUAGUCGCCCAGAUUUUAAAUGCCGAGCCAUUCCUGAAAUUAAGUUCCGGGCAAGACGCAUAUCAUUAUCAGCUGUUUGUCGAAAAGGAUGAUCACUUAAACCUACCGACCGUCCAGCAAUUAUUGGAGCAAAGUUUUCUCACCAGUAACAUCAGGUUGAAGGAAGUACCUUCGUGUCUGAUCAUACAAAUGCCGCGUUUUGGAAAAUCGUUUAAGAUGUACCAGAAGAUUCAACCUACAUUGCUACUGGACGUGACUGACAUUAUCGAAGACUCACCCAGACAAUGCACAGUAUGCGGCAAGUUGGCAGAGUUCGAGUGCAAGGAGUGUUACGGACAGUGCGGCGUCGGCCUUGAAAGUAUAGCUUUCUGUUUUCAGUGCCUCGAAAAGGUUCAUCGUCACGAACGACGGACAAACCACGAACCGAAAAAGUUGAUCGUACCUAUGGAAUUCGCGAUUCUCCAGGAACAUUGUCCCGUGCCGCGUCUGUACUUGGAACUCUCCGCAGUAGUCUGCAUCGAAACGUCGCAUUACGUUUCAUUUGUGAAAUGCGGCCCCGGCUCGGAAGCGCCAUGGUGUUUCUUUGACUCGAUGGCUGAUAGAAAAGGGGAGCAAAAUGGAUACAAUAUACCAGAAAUGGUGCCAUGUCCAGAUUUUCCUUACUGGUUGAGCGAGGAAGGUGGAAACUACUUGACCGAGUUGACAGAUGAUCGUCAUUUACCGGAACACGCGAAACGUUUACUCUGCGACGCCUACAUGUGCAUGUAUCAAUCCCCCGAUGUUAUGAUGUACAAAUAACUUCAACCGACUUGUUUUUUAGACUUUAAGCGGCUCUAGUAUUACUAUUGGAGAAGAGUGCAAUGUUUUGCUUAUUACUUUCCUUGAACAUGUAAUAAGUUCAUGCAAAUUCAUGUAACAAUUAUAGCUGACGUUGAGGCAAUCUGACUCCAAAUCGUAUGUACAAAGUAGAAAUAUAAAUUUAUAUGCAGGAAGAUA